UAUUUCUAGAAAGCUAGUCUAUUAAGGCCUUGUAAAAGCUUCUUUCUAUUUUGUUUACUCCUUUCUUAUGGCUUUAGCUUUAAACCUGCAAAAGUGCUUUGUUAGAGCCUCUACCAAGAGGGCUCCAUAACACAUGGAGAAAAGUCUUUUGUUUACCAAACCUACAAAUUAUAAAAAUUAUUUGAUAGCAAACAAGUAUGUUCAUCAACAUCAUCAUAUUCAUUUGAUAAACAUGCAAAACCCUAAUUAUCAUGAGAAUUCAUCAUCAUCAAGAAGUGAAUCACCGGAAGGCAUUGAGCCUGUUUCCGAUGCCAAGUGGGCUCCUAAGCUUCUCCAUGAGUGUGCUACCGCGAUUUCUAAUAAGGAUUCAACAAAGAUCCAUCACUUGUUAUGGAUGUUGAAUGAACUUGCUUCUCCCUAUGGUGAUUGCAAUCAAAAAUUGGCAUUUUAUUUCUUACAAGCCCUUUUUUGUAAGGCUACGGAUACUGGCUUAAGGUGUUACAAAACCCUAACUUCAGCAGCUGAAAAAAGCAAAUCAUUUGAUUCAUCUAGGAAAUUGAUCUUAAAGUUUCAAGAGGUAAGUCCAUGGACAACUUUUGGUCAUGUUGCAUCAAAUGGUGCAAUAUUAGAAGCAUUAGAUGGAGAGAAUAAGCUUCAUAUAAUUGAUAUAAGUAACACUUUUUGUACACAAUGGCCUACUUUGCUUGAAGCCUUAGCUACACGAAACGAUGAAACGCCACAUCUUAAGCUCACGGUUGUGGUCAUGGAGAGCACCCUAGUGAAGUCUCAUGUUAUGAAAGAAGUAGCACAAAGGAUGGAGAAAUUUGCUAGGUUAAUGGGAGUGCCUUUUGAGUUUAAUGUUAUAAGUGGAUUGAACCAUUUGAAAGAACUCACAAAAGAGAGUUUGAAUAUAAAAGAAGAGGAAGCAUUGGCUGUGAAUUGCAUUGGAGCAUUGAGAAGAGUUGAAGUAGAUGAAAGGGGAGCCUUUAUAAGAAUGAUUCAAUCACUUAACCCUAAAGUUGUGACAAUAGUAGAACAUGAGGCUGAUUUUUCUAGCACAAGGAAUGACUUUGUUAAGUGCUUUGAAGAAUGUCUUAGGUUCUACACAUUGUAUUUUGAGAUGCUUGAUGAAAGCUUUCCAACAACAAGCAACGAAAGGCUAGUGAUCGAAAGGGAAUGUUCUAAAUGCAUAGUUAAGGUUUUGGCUUGUGAUAGUGAGAUUGGUGAUGAUCAAGGAUAUAGUGAAAGAAGAGAAAGAGGAAAUCAAUGGUGUGAAAGACUUAAGGAAUGGUUUACCCCAUUUACACUAAAUGAUGAUGCUGUUGAUGAUGUUAAGGCUUUGCUCAAGAGGUAUAAAGCUGGAUGGUCACUUGUCCUACCACAAGCAAAUCAAGAGUCACCUGGAAUUUACUUGACAUGGAGAGAAGAACAAGUGGUAUGGGCUUCCUCAUGGAAACCCCAGGAAAAAUCAAUGGAGGUAGAGACAUGAUCAAUGAAGAUUCAUAUAGCUGAACAAGACGUGUGUGAUGAUUAUAUUACUGAAGAUUCAUAUAGUUGAACUGGACGUGCAUGGGAUUAAAGCAUAGUAAUCAUAUAUUGUCAUAUGCUUAUUUAGCUUACAACAAGCUAAAGCUUGAUAGCAUUUAGUUUUUUUUUCUCUAUAUUUUGGGAGCCAACAACAUAGAUAAGCAAGAGGUUGAUCUUUUUUUGCUUUAAUUUGUUUUCUUUUCCUUUUCAAGUCUUCUUUUCUUAUGGAUCUUGCAAACAUAUAGGACUAGUAUUACUAGAUUAUAUUGUUAAUUUAAUUUGUAUUAUAAUGCUUUGUGUUUGGGAGUUUGUAUUGCUUUUUAUUCGUUUGCUUA